AUGCCGCCGCCCACAUCCAAGAAGCUUACCGCGCAACCGGUGCGCACGCGACAGUUCGCCGGCAAACCAGGCGCCGCGCCGGCAGAAGAGCCGUCGAGCUCAGAAGAGUCCGAAUCCGAAGAAGAGCAGCAAUCGAAGCCGAAGCCCUUCGCAAAGUCGAAACCGGCACCAAUCGCCUCUUCGUUCCCCAAACCGGCCCUCCAAUCGAAACUCGCAGCGCGGCAAAGGUCAGAGUCAGAGCGCAAAGCAAUCAACGAAGACGAGUUCGAGACCGAAAGCGAGGCCGAUGACGACAGGGACCAUGACGACGAGGAAGGCAGCGAGGAAGAGAGCUCAAGCGAGGAGGAAGGCAGCGAGGAGGAAGAAUCCAGCGAAGACGAAGCCCCCCGCAAACUCCUCCGCCCCGUCUUCAUCAAAAAGAACGCGCGCACGGCAAUCACCGCGCCGGCAGAGACGGCCGAGCAGGUAGCAGCAGAAGAGGAACGGCGGCGGCAGGAGCAAACGCGACAACUCGUGCAAGAACAAGUCGAGGCGCGCGCCGCCGAGCGCCUCGCCGCGAAAAAAGACUGGGAUGACGACAUCGAAGACGCGGACAUCAACGCCAUCGACGACACCGACGCACUCGACCCGGACGCCGAGCUCCUCGCCUGGAAGCUGCGCGAGCUGCGGCGCAUCAAGCGCGAGCGCCUCGCCAUCGAGCAGGCCGAGGCGGAACGCGCGGAGAUCGAGCGCCGCCGCAACCUAUCCGCUGCGGAGCGCGACGCCGAAGACCGGGCGCACAUGGAGAAACAAGCUGAGGAGAGGGAGGGCAGGGGCCAGGCGCAGUUCAUGCAGAAGUACUUCCACAAAGGCGCUUUCUUCACCGACGAACUCAAAGAACUCGGCCUCGACAAGCGGAAUCUGAUGAAUGCGCGGUUCGAAGACCAGACGAACCGCGAGGUGCUGCCCGAGUACAUGCAGAUCAGGGACAUGACCAAGUUGGGCAAGAAGGGCGGGACGCGGUACAAGGAUAUGCGGUCUGAAGACACGGGGCGAUGGGGUGACUAUGGGCCCGACAGGCCGAGGAGGAAUAGGGAGGAGUACGGGCUGGACGAGAGGUUCAGGAGUGAUGGGUACAGAGGGAGAGACGGCGACCAAGAGGGUCCGUCGGGUGCAAACGCAAAGCCACUAGGCGAGAGGAAGAGAUUCGGCGACGACGGUGGGCGGGAUAGCAAGAGGCCAAGGAUCGAUGGGCGGGCGUAA